CACUACUAUAUAACAAAUAAUUUGAGCUAGGAACAAACCAAUAUGGUUAAUAUCUCUGAGGAUAUCCUCAAUGAUAUCUUCUCCCGUUUCAUCAUCCCUGAAGCUAAGUCUAACUGUAACGAUCCUAUCAGAUUGUGUUUUGCUAUCGAGAUGGGACACUGGUUCUAUCUGGACUAUAUCAGACCCUCAGACCCUACUCUACCUGACUGCUCUGUAGAAGUGUUCGCUAAAGCUUGCUUCAGACACAUGCCUAGCUUACUCCAACCCCACAGAGAGGCUAACCUGGUGCUGAAACAGUGGAGAGACUUUAAGAGGAAAGUGCCGGUGUACGGAGCAAUGCUGAUAACACCAGACCGGAAACAAGUGCUGCUAGUGGAGGGGAACAGUACUCGGGAUUGUUGGACUUUCCCUCGAGGAAAGAUUGAAGAAGACGAGGACCCGUUUGAUUGUGCUAUUAGAGAGGUUAGAGAGGAAACAAGUUUUGAUAUCAGCUCCCUCGCAGACAGGAACUAUUAUAUUGAGAAGGUUUGCAGCGACAGGAGAGUGAGACUGUACAUAGUACACGACGUACCCCAAACCACUGUUUUCUACACCAAAGUGCGAGGUGAGAUAGCUAAUAUUGACUGGUUCCCUGUAGAUGAGCUACCAGGAGCUUCUGGAUUCAAGAAGAAGAAGGAGUCGUUCUUUAUGGUCAACCAGUUUAUCAGGGAGUAUGUGAGAGGAUACCGCACGGGAAAGAAACGUAAUAAUGCGAGCGAGUGUGAAAGAUCCCGUCCUCGGGGAACCUCCUUCAACGACGGAGAUAACAGCAUGCAGUACACCACAAGAAGAGACCCCGGACACGAGGGGGACUACAGACACAACACCCGGGAACACAGACAAGAGAGACCAGAUCACCACAACAACAGGUCACGUGAUUCAAGGUCACGUGAUCACUUUAAAGAGCACGGCUACGUGUCCGAACCACCUGCUCCCCACAGGGGACUGUACUCUCAGGACCUCUCCAGUAGGAACAACAACCCCCAACAACAACAACAACCCCCGUACUCUACACAGAGAGCUGAUAACACCUCCUCCUCCUCCCGGAACAGGAUGAGGGGAGGGAGGAACAGGAGAGGGAACCCCGCCACUGCUAGGGGCUUUCCUGGUCCUCCUGAUGAUAUGAGACUAUCUAACUUCCGGUUUGACAUGGACACUCUCAUUGAUAUGUUACCUGAAGUACCCAACUUUACGGCUGUUAGAUCUUGAUAACUCUGUCCAAUGACUCGUUGCAGUAUUUUUAGUUCUGUUGCACCAAGAAAACUGAAAAGUUCUAUUAACUUUAAGACCAAUAAAGUUUUAACACACUGGGAAUUUAUGCAUCAAAUUUUGCCAUGUCAUCGACCUGAAUUCGUUAAUUUAUAUUGUAAUUACUUAUUAUAUUAGGCGUUUGCAUUUUUCUCUGAUAUUCGAAUUUUACAUUCAAUGUUUUACGGAUGGAAUUGAUAAGCUUGGGAAGUAAUUACACUAUGAUAAGAGUAUAAUCGCUGUUUUUCUAUUUGUUAAUAUUCAGGAUUUACUUUGCGUUA